GCAGUCAAUUCCUUAAAAAUGUCAUCAAACAUUUUCAACCAGAGGUUGGGGCAGAAUGGGCGAGUUCAAAGGCGAUACACCGAGGAAUCGUCUACAUCAUGACGUGCCUGAGAAGAUGAAGGCGCUCCAAUACUCCGAGGCAGAGAAGUUUGCUGUUGUGAAUAUCGAUGUUCCUAAGAUUGGUGAUGAUGAUGUACUCGUAAAGAUCUCGGCAUGCGGAGUUUGCGGAACGGACUUGCACUACCACAAGGGUGAAUUUCUGGCAAAAUGGCCUCUCAUACCUGGCCAUGAGGCAGCAGGCACAAUCGCCGCCAUUGGAAAGAACGUCAAGAACGUCGGAAUCGGCGAUCGAGUGGCAGCAGAUCCCUUGCAACCUUGUCUCAUUUGCUUUCACUGCACUCGUCGGAAGCCACUUCUCUGCGACAAUCUGACUGCAUUUGGCGGCAAUGUUCCGGGAGGUUUCGCUGAAUACUGCAGGUAUCCUGCUCGGUUGGUGCAUCCAAUCGGUGACCUCCCAGAUCUCGAAGCAGUGCUCGUUGAGCCUGCUGCGUGCGCUACGCAUGGAAUCGAAAGAAUGCAGAUCGAAGUUGGAAGCCGAGUGUUGCUGUUUGGAUGCGGUCCGACUGGCAUGCUAUUAGCGCAGUUAAUACGGAUGAACGGUGCUGCCCACUUGACUAUUGCAUCGAAAGGCGGGCCGAAACUAGACCUAGCCAAAGAGCUGGGUAUUGCAGACUCCUACAUCACCAUUUCGGACGAUCAGCCCCAUAUGGAAAUGCAAGCUCUCAAAUCUGCGAACCCCUAUGGCUUUGACAUCGUCGUGGAAGCAACUGGUGCACCCACUGUGCUCGAGCAAGCUAUUGACUUUGUCCGCAAGGGCGGCAAGCUUGUCGUAUACGGGGUGUACGACGAGAGUAUCAAGAUCGCUUGGUCUCCGUUCCGAAUUUGGGAGCACGAGAUCACAAUACUGGCGAGCUUUUGCAGCAUGGGGCAUAUCCCGGAGGUAAUCGAGUACGUGAAAGCAGGGAAGCUGAAGUUGGGUGGCAUUGCGAAUAAGACGUACAGAAUCGAGGAGUGGGCAGAGUGUCUGGAGGCGGUGAGAAAGCAAGAAGUUGUCAAAGCUGCAAUUGUGUUUGACUAAUGUACAUAUUCGGCUACUAACAAAUGCUCAAACUUUACUCGAGGU